UCACUACGCAUACACACAAUUCAACAUUUGUAAAAUGGGAACCUGGCCACGACAGCCAGGACAUUUGCCUCCUGUGAUUCACGCUAUUGUUUUCUUCCUUUUAGCCGCCACUGUUCUGGCUGAUAAGCCUUAUAUUUAUGCCUCUCCUCCACCGCCUUACCACCCUAAACUUUAUUAUGCAUCACCACCACAUGUGCAACGUGCUCCAUACGUUUACAAGUCUCCGCCUCCACCAAAGCAUGUUGAGCAUCCACCAUAUGAGUACAAAUCCCCACCUCCACCGAAGCAGGUUCACCACCCACCCUAUUAUUACAAGUCACCACCUCCACCAAAGUAUGUGAGGCAUCCACCUUAUAAAUAUAAAUCUCCACCCCCACCAAAGCAUUUAGAACACCCACCAUACUACUAUAAAUCUCCACCUCCUCCAUCUCCCUCACUGCCACCUCCAUAUCAUUACACAUCACCUCCUCCACCAAAGAAAUCUCCACCUCCUUCAUACUAUUAUAAGUCCCCACCUCCACCAUCUCCCUCACCACCACCUCCCUACCAUUAUUCAUCACCCCCUCCUCCAAAGAAGUCUCCACCUCCUCCAUACUACUACAAGUCACCACCUCCACCUUCCCCAUCACCACCUUCACCUGACUACUAUAAGUCUCCACCUCCACCAUCUCCCUCACCACCACCUCCAUACCACUAUACAUCACCUCCUCCUCCAAAAAAAUCUCCACCUCCUCCAUACUAUUAUAAUUCUCCACCUCCACCAUCACCAUCGCCACCACCUCCAUACGACUAUACAUCACCUUCUUCUCCAAAGAAAUCUCCACCUCCUCCAUAUCAUUAUAAGUCUCCACCUCCACCAUCACCAUCGCCACCACCUCCAUACCACUACAUAUCACCACCUCCUCCAAAGAAAUCUCCACCUCCUCCAUACUACUAUAAGUCUCCACCUCUACCAUCACCAUCGCCACCACCUCCAUACCACUACACUUCACCUCCUCCUCCAAAGCAAUCUCCGACACCUCCAUACUACUAUAAGUCUCCACCACCACCAUCUCCAUCCCCACCACCUCCAUACCACUACACAUCACCUCCUCCUCCAAAGAAAUCUCCACCUCCUCCAUACUACUAUAAGUCUCCACCUCCACCAUCUCCAUCACCACCACCUCCAUACCACUACACAUCACCUCCUCCUCCAAAGAAAUCUCCACCUCCUCCAUACUACUAUAAGUCUCCACCUCCACCAUCUCCAUCACUAGCACCUUCAUAUCAUUACCCAUCACCACCUCCACCAUCUCCCUCACCACCACCUCCAUAUCAUUACACAUCACCUCCUCCACCAAAGAAAUCUCCACCUCCUCCAUACUACUACAAGUCCCCACCUCCUCCAUCUCCUUCACCACCACCUCCCUACCAUUACACAUCACCUCCUCUUCCAAAGAAAUCUCCACCUCCUCCAUACUACUAUAAGUCCCCACCUCCACCAUCUUCGUCACCACCACCACCAUAUCAUUACACAUCACCUCCUCCACCAAAGAAAUCUCCACCUCCUCCAUAUUACUAUAAGUCCCCACCUCAAUCAUCUCCUUCGCCACCACCUCCCGACCAAUAUACAUCACCUUCUCCACCAAAGAAGUCUCCACCUCCUCCAUAUUACUACAAGUCACCACCUCCACCUUCCCCAUCACCUCCACCACCAUACUACUAUAAGUCUCCACCUCCACCAUCUCCUUCGCCACCACCUCCAUACCACUACACAUCACCUCCUCCUCCAAAGAAAUCUCCACCUCCUCCAUAUUACUAUAAGUCUCCACCGCCACCUUCCCCCUCACCACCACCUCCAUACCAUUACACAUCACCUCCUCCCCCAAAAAAGUCUGCACCUCCUCCAUACUAUUAUAAGUCACCACCACCGCCAUCACCCUCACCUCCUCCUCCAUACUAUUACACAUCCCCGCCACCUCCAAAACAAUAUUAAUCCUUUCAUUGAAUGAAUUUGAACAAAAUGAUUGUUGUUUUUAAAAUAAUUUUGCAAUGUUUUUAUUUGUAGCAGAACAAGUAUUUAUGUAAAAUAAGGAUCUAAAAAAAGAUCCACAAGUGAAUUCUUUUGUAUGAAGCAUUAAUUUGCUAUUAAGUGUAUCAUUUCUAUGUAUGCCGAGUAGUAAUAAAAUUUCGUUGAAGACUUUUUUUUAAA